AGUGGUGCCGGGCGGGCGGGUUUGAGGUUCCCUCAUUUUCUCGUCUUGAGUGUCUUAAGCGGGGCUGUCCGGGUCCCCGGCUUUGCCUCCCCCCGCCAGCAGUUGCUUCCGGAGUUAGCAGGGCAUCAGGAUGAGCUGGUCACCUUCCUUGCCCACCCAGACGUGUGGCGCCUGGGAAAUGAAAGAACGGCUGGGGACCGGGGGAUUUGGAAACGUCAUCCGGUGGCACAAUCAGGAGACAGGUGAGCAGAUUGCAAUCAAGCAGUGCAGACAGGAGCUCAGCCCAAAGAACCGAGAUCGUUGGUGCCUGGAGAUCCAGAUCAUGAGGAGGCUAAACCACCCCAAUGUGGUGGCUGCCCGGGAUGUCCCGGAGGGGAUGCAGAACUUAGCGCCCAAUGACUUGCCCUUGCUGGCCAUGGAGUACUGUCAAGGAGGAGAUCUCCGAAAGUACCUGAACCAGUUUGAGAACUGCUGUGGCCUGCGGGAAGGAGCCAUCCUCACCCUGCUGAGUGACAUUGCUUCUGCACUUAGAUAUCUUCAUGAAAACAGAAUCAUCCAUCGGGAUCUAAAGCCAGAAAACAUUGUUCUACAGCAAGGAGAACAAAGAUUAAUACACAAAAUUAUUGACCUAGGAUAUGCCAAGGAACUGGAUCACGGCAGUCUUUGUACAUCCUUUGUGGGAACUCUACAAUACCUGGCCCCGGAGCUCCUGGAACAGCAGAAGUACACCGUGACAGUUGACUACUGGAGCUUUGGCACAUUGGCCUUCGAGUGCAUCACAGGUUUCAGGCCUUUUCUCCCCAACUGGCAGCCUGUGCAGUGGCAUUCCAAAGUCCGGCAGAAGAGUGAGGUGGACAUCGUUGUUAGUGAAGACUUAAAUGGAGCAGUGAAAUUUUCAAGCACUUUACCAUACCCCAAUAAUCUUAACAGUGUACUGGCCGAGCGACUGGAGAAGUGGCUGCAGCUGAUGCUCAUGUGGCACCCCAGACAAAGGGGCACAGACCCCCAGUAUGGGCCCAAUGGCUGCUUUAAGGCCCUGGAUGACAUCUUAAACUUGAAGCUGGUUCAUAUCUUGAACAUGGUCACUGGCACCAUUUACACCUAUCCUGUCACAGAAGAUGAAAGCCUGCAGAGCUUAAAGGCCAAAAUCCAGGAAGACACGGGAAUCCUGGGGAAGGAUCAAGAGCUGCUCCAAGAGGCAGGUCUGGCAUUGAUCCCUGACAAGCCUGCCACCCAGUGCAUUUCAGAUGGCAAGCUGAGUGAGGGUCGCACGUUGGACAUGGAUCUUGUUUUUCUAUUUGACAACAGUAAAAUUACCUAUGAGACUCAGAUCUCUCCACGGCCACAACCAGAAUGUGUCAGCUGUAUCCUUCAGGAGCCAAAGAGGAACCUCCCUUUCUUCCAGCUGAGAAAAGUAUGGGGCCAGGUCUGGCACAGCAUCCAGACCCUGAAGGAGGACUGUAACCGGCUUCAGCAGGGACAGCGAGCUGCCAUGAUGAAUCUCCUUCGGAAUAACAGUUGCCUUUCCAAGAUGAAGAAUUCCAUGGCCUCAAUGGCUCAGCAGCUCAAAGCCAAGUUGGAUUUCUUUAAAACCAGUAUCCAGAUUGACCUAGAGAAGUACAGUGAGCAAACCGAGUUCGGGAUCACAUCAGAUAAACUGCUGCUGGCCUGGAGAGAAAUGGAGCAGGCUGUGGAGCUCUGUGGGCGGGAGAAUGACGUGAAGCAUUUGGUGGAACGAAUGAUGGCACUACAAACGGACAUUGUGGACUUACAAAGGAGCCCAAUGGGCCGGAAGCAGGGGGGCACAUUGGAUGACUUAGAGGAGCAAGCAAGGGAGCUCUACAGGAGACUUAGGGAAAAGCCAAGAGACCAAAGGACAGAUGGUGACAGUCAGGAAAUGGUACGGCUCCUCCUUCAGGCAAUUCAAAGCUUCGAGAAGAAAGUGCGAGUGAUUUACACACAGCUCAGCAAAACUGUGGCUUGCAAGCAGAAGGCAUUGGAAUUGCUGCCCAUGGUGGAAGAGGUGGUUAGUCUAAUGAACGAGGAUGAGAAGACGGUAGUCCAGCUUCAAGAGAAGCGGCAGAAGGAGCUCUGGAACCUUCUGAAGAUUGCAUGUAGCAAAGUCCGAGGUCCUGUCAGUGGAAGCCCAGAUAGCAUCAAUACUUCUCGAGUCAGUCACUCUGGUCAGCUAAUGUCCCAGCCUUCCUCUGCUUGUGACAGUUUACCUGAAUCAAACAAGAAAAGUGAAGAACUGGUUGCUGAAGCACAUACGCUCUGUGCCCAACUAGAAAAUGCCAUGCAGAACACCGUGAAGGCGCAGGACCAGAGUUUUAUGAGUCUGGACUGGAGCUGGUUACAGAUGGAAGAUGAAGAACAGAGUAGCGUGGAGCAGGCCUUGUGACUGGGGUUGUCCACCGCCUGGCUUGUGGCUGCUGCUGUGACUGUUUCCGAGCCAUCUCCACCUAAAUGGGAGAUCUCCCUCCCCAGGCAGCUGUGAUGUUCACCCUGGACCACAGGUGUGGCCCUCAGCUGAUACUGCUAGUCCCUAUCUGCACUUGUCAGUCUCCACUGAGGCCUAGCAAACACCGAUGCCAGCUGUGAGUCUUCAGGGAAACAGAGCCUCAGCAGCUGAAUGUUCUGCUGUGAAAAAAAGUGCUCAGAGUACAAUUUGCCACAUCGACUGCUGGACAGAUGUCUUGAAUGUUUCUGAACAAUGUCUGAACAGCUCUUGCAGCCAGCCUGUCCUCUCCUAACCCCUCUUAACCUCCAAAGAGGCCUUGAUCCACCCAUCCUCUCACCUAACAGCCAGGGCUUCAUCUGGAUCCAACCUCCUAAGUAAACAUUUUAAUCAUAGGUUUGGCAUGCUCCCUCCUCUUGCCCUCUUUUUAUUCCAUUGCUGCUAAAUUGUGUUUUUACUUGCCGUGCUGGUGGUCACCUAGCAAUGACCUUUAACUACAUUUUGGUGAUGCCAAGCUUCCCAUUGACUCUGGUCCUGUCAACCACAGAGUGACUCCCUAGAGCCAGAAUGGAAAAGCAGCUACUUUUAUUUGAGACCCAAAGAUUACUUGGAAGUCAUAUAUCACAGAGAAAAAAGGAAGAAAAUGUAUCUGAUCAGCUUCUAGCCUCCUGACCACUUUAAGCAGAGUACCUCUGUCCGAUACAUCACUGUGUGUGGUUGUAGAAUGGGGUGUUUCCUACCUCUGCUGUCAGCUAACAGCAUCAUUAAAUCCUUUUCUCUUAUGAAUAGUUUCUAUGUGUUGUAACAUGACAUGACAUUCUAGGUUCCAUGGUCCAUUUCUACAAUAUCCAAUAUAAUGGAAAACUUUGUAAAAUUGACUGGUACCUGGGUGACUAUGACUAAUUCAACAUUUCACAAAACUUUAAAUAUAUGUAUAGGCAUAUAUGUUUAUAUAUUAUAGGAUAUAUAGAUAUAUAUAU